CACGCAAGAGACUGGGAAAGCUAUCUAUCUUGGAGGAACGAAAGGCAGGUGACAGAAUGUGUUUUAAGGGCUCUCCUCGUAGCACGGGUUUGGCUCCUCAGAGGUCGGACCUCCAAGCCUGCUCCAAGGGCCUCAAUUCCCAAGUCAGGGCUGUGU